CUCUGAAAGAAUUCCGUUGAACUAUUUUUCGUUUCUUGCUUUUUUUUUCCUUUGAUAGAAUUCUCUGGACUCUUUUUUCCAUAAAUGGAAAAUCGUGUCGUAGUAUCCAUUGAUUUUGGAACAACAUAUUCUGGAUUUGCAUAUGCACAUAAAAUAGAUAACGAAAUUAUUACGAAUGAUACUUGGCCCGACCAAAUCGGUCCAUUAAAAACAAAUACAGCAUUACAAUAUGAUAAAAAUUUUAAAAAUGUUGUAGAAUGGGGGUUUCCGGCGUUAGCUAAAAACCAAAAAAAAGUAAAGGGAAAAUCAAAAAAUCAGACUGCUUCAAAACCGGUCGAACAUUUUAAAUUACAUUUAUCUAAUAUUCCUGAUAAUGAGAAACCUGUUCUGCCUAAAGGCAUAAAUUAUAAGAAAGCCAUCACUGAUUACUUGAAAUGUAUGGGAGAAUUAAUCAAGGAGACAAUAGCAACCAGAUGGCCGAAUGUAAAGUUCAUGGAACAAGUUUUGAUUAUAUUAACAGUUCCCGCAGUAUUCUCCGAUCAAGCGAAGGCAAUAAUGAGGGAAUGUAUUUAUGAAGCAGGUUUAAUUAACGUAAAAAGUUCUGAAAAAUUACAAUUUAUUACUGAACGUGAGGCAGCUGCUGUAUAUUGCAUGAAAGUGCUAAAGGAGCAUAAUUUAGAUACCGUGGGAAGUAUGGGAACCAACUUCUUAAUUGUUGAUUGCGGAAAUAGCACAGUGGAUUUAACCACAUGGCAGUUAUUGGAAAAUGAUAAAUUGGAAGAAAAAACAAUUAGAGCAAGUGGAUUUUGUGGAGGAGUUUAUGUUGACAAAAGUUUUCUUGCUUUUAUUGCAAGGAAAAUAGGAUCUACGGUUUUGACAUUGCUUGAGGAAAAUCAUUACGGAGAACUACAAUAUAUGGUUAAGGAAUUUUGUAAAAAAGUAAAGUUUUUGUUUACGGGAAAUAAAGAAGAGUAUAAAACUGUCGAAUUGGAUUUAGAAUAUGUUUGUCCAAUUAUAAAACAAUAUGUCACGGGUGAUAAAUUAGAACAAUUGGAAGAAGAUGAAUGGAUCAUAGAACUUAAAUUUGAAGAUGUUAAAAGAAUAUUUGAUCCUGUAGUUAACAAGAUUAUUAAAUUAAUAUGUGAACAACUUAAUAAUAGUGGUCCCAUUUCUGCUAUGUUCUUGGUCGGAGGUUUUAAUGAAUCUAGGUAUUUACAAAAAAGAAUUAGAGAAGAAUUUUCGAGUAAAGUCAAGAACAGUAAUAUUUCCGUACCGUCCCAACCAGUAGUUGCCAGUCUCAGAGGAGCGCUUGAAUAUGGUCUUAAUAUGAAGAAAAUUAAAACCAGAAGGUUACUAAGGUCAAUAUUGAGGAAUCUGUCCUAGUUCAAUAAAUUGGUAUAUAAUUUCUUCAGUAAUUAACCAAUCAAGCAGAAAACAUCUAUUAUGUCUUCUCGUGUAAUAUAAUGCAUGUUAUGCUUUUAUUAGUACAGCAUAUAAGAGACCCCAAAUAACUAUUCGUAUCAUUCGCACAGCUUCAGACUGUGCGUCAUAUAUUGACGGUGUAUCCUUUUCUCGGCG